CUAAUUUUACCCAUACCACAGCCUGUUACUAUUCUCCAAUCCAAAACUAAAACACCAAAAUGUGUUCGUCAAUAAACUACAAAGCAAUUCAGGGAAUCAUUCUUGCAGGACCAAUCGCCGAGUUAAAUCCAGAUGUAAUCAGGCAACACUUUCCUCCACAUAUCAUCCGUUUGAUGGUUGAUCAACUGCAAGAACAAUUCUGCCCUUCCAAAACAUUCAAACGCAAACGUGCAGAGCGAGUCGGCCAAAAAGUCCGGCAUGUCCUCCUCGUUAAGGAUAAUGGUGACGUGAUGGAAGGACUGGUUUUGUUAAAUAAACAAGAGUAUGUGGACUUGAUUCAAGCUACCGAGAACGCGAUGGAAAAAUUGGGUGUAAAGAAACCAGGACAAGAGGACAUGGCUGCAGAAUCGGAUGAUGAUCAUGGUGUGCUAUUGACGCAAGGCGAGCAUGAAGCAUUCAUGGAGAAACUUUCAGCUGUUGGAUAUCGGCUUGGGGAAUUAAAUCAAAAUCAGGUAGUACGCGUACAAACAAGCCUGACGUAUUCUAGUGGGCGCCGUGAAAGGGUUACUUUUGGUGCUUACCAAGGUCCAGCUGGGUUGUUGAUUGCUCACGACCAAUUUUCAAAAUUUUUUAUCAAUUCAUGGUCUGGCUACUCUAUGGCCAAAUCUAUCAACGAGACAUCCACCAGUCUCAUGGAUAGCAACCAGUUACACAAUCCAAAAUUUUGCUUAGGCACAGCAGCUUAA